AUGGUCCAUAUUGAGUGUUCGCACUGCAAAGCUCUGCAUUUCGUCCAAGAACGCAUCGUGAGCAGCUCUGUCGCAAGGCCCAUGUUUUCCACAUGCUUUGGGAAGGGGAAGCUGUCACUGCCCCUUCUCACCGACCCGCCAGCUCUUCUGCGCUCUCUUCUCAUCGAUGAUACUCCAAGGGCCCGCCGCUUCCGUAAAAACAUUCGAGCAUACAACUCAGCGCUGUCUAUGGCGUCCGUGGUCGCCAAAUGGGUGAACAGAGGGCCCGGUACUUCCAAUUUUAACCACACAAUGACGAUGCAGGGCGAGAUGUACCAUUACAUGGGUCCCAUGAUGCCAUCCGAGGGGCGGGCGCCUUCCUUUGCUUCCGUUUACAUUCACGACACUGACUACGGUACUCAAACGCGCACAAGGCUUGGCGGAGCCUCUACACGGCUGGAAGACACACUGUUAAUGCAACUGACGCACAUGCUGCACGAAUGCAACCCCUACGUGCAGACUGUUCUCAGUAUGCGAGAAUGGGCUCAAUCCCCUCAACCCAACACUCCAGCCCCGUACCAGAUGGUCAUCCAUGCCGACCGCAGGCCAAGUCAUGAGCACGUGCGCCGGUACAAUGUGCUGGAUCCGAUUUCAGUCAGUCAUCGUGCAUACGAUCCGUUGAGUUACGUGCUUUUGUUCCCGAACGGUAGAGAUGGAUGGUAUCCAGAGCUUCGAUUCUCCAGUCAUGACGACGGCAGACGUACCAAGAUUACUCCGAUGAUGUACUACGGAUGGAAUUUGUUCGAAAGAUCAGGCGAGUUCAGCACAAUCUUGCACGCAGCGCGACUCUUUCAGCAAUACUUGGUUGACCAGUUCUGCAAAGUGGAGGCAAAAUGGCUUUCGUAUCUCCGCCACAACCAGACACAACUUCGAGCCGCCGACUACACCUCACUGCGCGACAGCCUAGGAGACUCCGGUCGUGCUGAAGAUGAAGCCGAUGCCGUGCGUGCGGGACGACUGUUCAUUCUCCCUUCCACGUACAUUGGAGGUGACCGCUACAUGAGGCAGCAGAUGCACGACAUCAUUGCUAUAUCGAACCAAAUUGGCCACCCGGACAUCUUCCUCACUAUGACAUGCAAUCCAAGCUGGCCGGAGAUCACAAGAGCCCUACUGCCGAACCAAACGCCUCAGGACAGACCGGACCUGUGCGCACGUGUGUUUCGUCUCAAAAUGAAAGAUCUCAUGUCCUUGGUCAUCAACGAAGAAGUAUUCGGAACCGUCGUUGCCCAUGUACGAGUCAUCGAAUUUCAGAAACGCGGUCUUCCCCACGCUCACGUUGUAUUUUUCCUAGAUGAAGUCUCCAAGAAUGAUCUGCGUACUCCCGAAAACGUCGACCGCAUUAUCUCUGCCGAGAUCCCGUCUGCCAAAGAUCCAGAACUCCAAGAGGUCGUGCUCAAGCAUAUGAUUCACAAUCCAUGUGGAGAACGCAAUCCAACAGCCGUGUGCAUGGGCGAGCAGUACUGCAGGAAAGGGUUUCCAAAAUCGUUCAAACACGAAACCAGCCAGUCCGACAGUGAGUACUACAUCACGUACCGAAGAAGGGCACCCUCUGCAGGUGGCCAAUCCGUCGUGUUCGACAACUCCUGGGUCGUUCCCCACAGUCCUCUGCUUCUACGAUCAUUCGCUUGCCAUUUGAAUGUGGAACUCUGCGUUUCACGCGUUGGCGGAAUCAAGUACCUCUUCAAGUAUGUUUGCAAGGGACAAGACCGAGUGACCAUGGAAAUCACUGCCGAGAACGAGUGCCACGACGAGAUCUCCAACUUCCAAGACGCCAGAUACGUUUCGGCAUCGGAGGCCGCACGGAGGUUAUUCUCCUUUGACAUUGUAGAUCGCAAUCCUCCAGUAGUCAGGCUUGCAGUGCAUCUGCCCAACCACCAUACAGUAUACUUUGAGGAAGGGCGAGAUCAGGAGGCGGCGCUUCGACCAGCAUCAGGUACGAAGCUGACCGAGUGGUUUAAAGCCAACGAGAAGUACCCAAGCGCGAGGCAUCUUCGGUACCACAAGUUUCCAAGGUACUUUACGUGGAAGACACGCACCAAGUCAUGGACCUACGAUUUCAGUGGUACAGGUGUCAACGUAGUCGGUCGAAUCUACACUGUCAGUCCGAGGGAGGGUGAGCGCUACUUUCUUCGCCUCCUCCUCACACAAGUGCCAGGUGCGACAUCCUUCGAGAACUUGCGAAAUAUCGACGGCGAGCAGUGCACCAGCUUCCGAAAAGCUUGCUUACUACUCGGUUUGCUGGCCGACGAUGCCGAGUGGAAGCACGCAAUCCGAGAUUCAUUCCGGUCAAGCUUCGUUCCUCUUUCUCAUCUGUUUGCUACGAUUCUGGCACACUGCCAGCCUUCGGACCCUCUCUCGCUGUGGAACGACCACCUGGACAUGUUUCUCACCGAUAUUCGCAAUCGUGCACGCAGACAACCCAUUCGAAGACAGCAGCUUCGCGAUGAUCACCACGCCACAUCUUACGUGCUUCGAGAGGUACAGGAGGCCUUGCAGAUCGUGCGAUCCUCAAGCGCCGUGGCGGGACCUUCUAUGCCGACACGAAGUGGUCGUCUCUUCUUCCUCUAUGCUCCUGGCGGAACAGGCAAAACAUUCGUGCUCAGCGCCAUUCAAGACUUCCUUCGUACGCGCCGUAAGCAGGUCAUCGCUGUCGCUACGUCUGCUACUGCUGCUGUGCUGCUCGACGGUGGACGCACCGCUCAUUCCGUGUUCAAGAUUCCCAUUCCUGUAUCUGCCGAAAGCACGUGCAGCUUCUCCGCUAACUCCGACACAGGCCGUACACUGCAACAAGUCGAUCUCAUCAUAUGGGACGAGAUCGUCAUGUGCCAUCGACAUUGCAUUGAGACUGUCAAUCGCUCCCUUCGCGACUUGAUGCAAACCGACCGGCCCUUCGGAGGAAAGUUCCUUGUGCUCCCUGGAGACUUUAGACAAAUCCUUCCCGUCGUUCCGGGCGGGUCCCGAGGUCAAAUCGUGAGCGCAUGCGUCAAGGCUUCCCCGCUGUAUCGAGAGUGCCGAUUCCUGCGCCUUACCGAGAACAUGCGCCUUGCUGCUCUCCGAGCGGACCCUGCAGAAGAUGUGGAGGCUCUCAACUUUCCAGAGUUCCUCCUCAGCGUCGGGGAAGGCAGAAUUAACGGCCAACAGCGCCCGGAAGGGAUCUCACUUCAACAGUCCGUUGCGUUCGAGCAUACCAUCCGCAAUUCAUGCCUCAAGGUCUUCCAAGGCAUUCGAGACAAUCACGCCGACCCUGCCUGGCUCACUAAGCGCAACGAAGACACCAACGCGCUGAUCUAUCCCACAGAAAUGCUCAACACUUUGACCGCCGGAUCUGCUCUACCAGACCACAAGCUCAAGCUCAAGAAAGGCUUCAUCGUCAUGCUUCUGCGCAAUCUCGAUCCCGCUACCGGUCACGUCAACGGCGCGCGAUAUGUCAUCGACAACAUGACCAACAACCUGCUCUUUCUACACGUUACCACCGGGUCACACCAAGGCAACAGACUGUGUCUUCCUCGAAUGCCCUGCAGACCAGGAGACGACAACUUUCCCAUCCCUGGCCUCACCCGAACGCAGUUCCCCAUUCGCACGUGCUUCGCCCUUACAACGAACAAAGCGCAAGGCCAAUCCUUCGGUGGCCGCAUUGGUCUCGACUUACGAGAUCACUGCUUCUCGCACGGUCAACUCUACGUCGCACUAUCAAGGACUACUCACCCAGGGAACGUCACUGUCCUCACUCGAGAGUCCAAUUGA